AACGUCCUAGACAAGUGACGUCAUUUCUAAGAACUGCAUGUAUUCGCCGUCGAGCGACCGUCGAGCCUUUUUAUUUAGUGAGCUUGUUGUCGGAACCCCAGAGAGAAUGUAAGAAGUACCGCUUAAAGUUGUAAUUUAAUGGAUUCUGAUAAGAGCGAUUGCUUGGAGAAGGAGGACAAAGAAGAGUCACAACAUGCUCCUAAGUCAGGAAAAAAGAAGAAAAAGAAAAAGAAGAAAAAAUCAACAACUUCAUUUGAGGAAUCGACAUUAGGCAAUUCAGAAUCAGACCCAGCAAGUCAACGAUGCACUGAAAAUGUUCUGUCUUGCUGUCAAAUCACUCCUGAAGAAAAAUCAGAGUUGAAUGUUUCGCAUUCUGAUGAAAACAGCUCUUUACUUCCUUCAAAGAGCGAAGAAACGCCAACUAAAGAGAUCAAAAAUGCGUUCGAGCGCGUCACUAGCACUGACAGCCAAGACAAAUCAAAUCCAACGAGAGAAACGCUCACUAAGGACAAAAGAAAGAAGAGAAACAAAAAGAGCAAUCCCGAAGCUAAAGAGGUCAGACAGGUUUUAUUAGCAGAGAAAUAUUCCGAGUCUAAAGUUCCAGAAGAAGGAGAAAGGGUAAAAAGUUGGGAAGAAUCAUGUAGCGCUGCCAAGAAACCUCCCGAAAAAAGUUCUAGUUCUCCAGCUUCUGAUCGCAAAAAAAAGAGGAAGAAGAAAGCUGGCUUUCUUCUAUCAGAUGUGGAUUUAACUGAGCCGCAAAAUGAUUCAGAUAAAGAGAAAAAAGAUUUGGCCAAAUCGUCAUCAGAAAAGGACGCGAAAAAGCUUCGUGACUCAGUUGAGCGUGAAAGCGACUUCAAAACCUUUAACAAGGACACAUCAUUGCUACAGACAGAAAUCAAAGAAAAGAAUAACCUGUCCAAAAUUCUUAUCGUUGUCAAUGGUCUUGGAUUGGACACACUUCGUAAGUUAUUCAUGGAGAUCCACCCUACUUGGUCUAACAAGCCUGAUGAUGCUAAAAACCUGGAAAGGGGCAAAAUGAAGUUAAAACACCAUGAGCUUGCCAGGUUUAACACUGGAAACAUUUACGACUGGGAUGUUUCUCUGAUGACAACAGUACUGCUCUACUCCAAGGAGUGUGCUAAGGAAAUCCGCCUGAAACCAGGGUAUGAAAAUGCCAUCCGAACCAUCAAAGACCAGAAAAACCAACUGAUUAGUCAUGUGAGAUCAGAACGAAUGACAGAUGAUGACUUCAAUGCAGCUUGGAAAAAAGUUCAAACAAGUCUGAUAACGCUAAAGGCAAAUGCUAAGCACAUUGAAGAAAUCUUUGAAGAUGACGUCUUGGAAAGUGCCAAGUAUUAUCGUGACAUGUUUUUACAAGAACUGGCUACUAAUGGGGCCGUUCAGUCAGAGGUGAGAAGUGUUUAUACAACCGUACAAGAACUGCGUACAGAAAUGCAGGAUAUCCCUGCUAAGGUAGCUGAAGAAGUGCAGAAGGGCUUGCUUUACAGUCAAUCACUUGCAAACUCAAAUCCGUCGCAUCGCUUACAAGAUGCAAGUGAUCCAAAAUGGGAUGAGUGGAUCCGUUUCCGAGACUUUGUGCGAGAUUUUGACCAUCAUAAAAACAAUUAUAUCCUUCUAACUGAUGCUAUGUCUCCCGAGAAUCUGAAGUAUUUUUCAGUACUUAUAAGUGUUCCUUGGAAGAUUGUCCUUGAUUUCAACCCUUCUUCAGAAGAAAAAGGCAUGUACAAAGACUUUGUUAAAAGAGAAGGCAAGAGCAGCUUAAUAGAUAUGAUUACACCUGAAGAAAUGCAACGUCAACAUGCUUCUACAAUCAACCUUGCCAGGCAUAUUGAUCCACGCAAGACCCAGUGGAUGUUUGUUCGUGAGAGAGAGAAAGAUAACCUUGCCAACGGUGGUGCUCGAUCCUUUGACGAAUGGAAAAUCGUCUCCGUCAAACAGCUUUACAGGUUUUUAAGCUGUUGCUCCGAGCCUGAAAAAAUGGACAAACACAAACCUCUAAUUUGCGUCAUUUUGCCAUUUCGUCAAGAAACCCGACCUUUCAUCAAAGUGACUGCGAAGAAACUCGUAGAGAAUUUCAAUGAAUUUCGUCUCCAUUUUGUUGGUGUGAAUCAUGAUAACAUAGGCGACCUCCGCACAAGAUUUGGCAUACAACUCACUGAUCUAAGCCCUGAACUGGUUUGCAGAGGAUUGAAAAACUUGUUUCAGGUCUCUUCUGGCAAUGAAUACCGUAUGCCAAGCUUUCAAACACAGUUGCCAGCAACGUUUACUCAUAAUCAGUUUCUUUUUCUCCAAGAAUACCUUGAUGUCCUGUACAAUGGAUGUGAAGACUUCCCAGCUCAAGACGUAGGAGAACAAUUUGAUAAAUUCUUAAACGAGCAUAGAGAGUCUUUCCUGUCCGGAAAUUGGAUUUCCUUUGUGAGCCUAAAGUACAAGCACGACGCUCAAAGAGAACUUGGGGAAGAAGUUCGAACUCAUAUCCAGCGUCUUCUAGAUCAAGAACCAACCCACUCCACAAUUGUUGAAAUUCAUCACCUUCCUGGCACGGGUGGAAGUACCAUUGCUCGACGAGUGUUAUGGGAUCUACACAAAAACUUCCCUUGUGCCAUUGCAAAGCUAGAAGAUUACAAGUAUGACAUCGAUGACGACAUUCAUUUUAUCAAUGCUCUUGCCGAACGAAUCGGAGAGGUCCAGGACAUUUGCCAUAUGAAUCCUCUCAUUCUUUUGGAUGGAAAACAUGCGAGAAUUGAGGCUCUUAGUAAUAAGCUCGUAAGAGUGCUCAAUAAUAAGGGACGGCGAGCUGUAUUACUAAGUUGUCUUCACAGUUUAGUGAAGACAAAUGAUAAGAGUUCAAAUCCUGAAACGUCAGAAGUUCAUGCUCGGUUUUUUGUCAAUGUUAACCUUGAGGAUUCCUCAGAAGAUGUCCAUCAAUUUGAAGACAAAUAUAAAGACUACAUUGACAAUUUUAAGACAACAAAGCUACUGCGCCCUAGCAGAGUAUUCCAUUUCCCAUUGCUUGCAAUGCUCAAGGGAUUGGAGGGAUUUGGUUCAAAGCUAAAUCAAAUCAUCGACGAGAGCUUUGAUGAAAUGGGAGGAUUACAGAAAGAAAUUGCUGUAGUUGUGGCAUUUAUAAAGCAAUAUGCAGCACAAGAAACUCCAGCUUGCUUGUUGUAUCAAGCGUUUAAGAAAUAUGUCCGAAAGAGCGACUAUGAGAAGGGAAUUACCUAUGAAGACAUCAAUCAGCUGAUCACAGAACAGCUUUUGAACCUAAUGGUUCCUGCCAGACCAAGAAGACAUCCUCGUCAAAGGUCCUCUUCUGUUGUUCUCGAAGACUAUUCCUUACAGCAUCCACUCGUGGCCAAAUUAGUUCUUAAACGAUAUUGCGAAACCCAAAAGUGUGAUAUCGUUAUGCUGACACAUCAGUUUCUUGAAUUCCCAAUCUUUCAAGACGAUCGAUUCUUCUCUUUGGUCAAUGACCUUUUCAUCCGAAACCGAAGUUCUCUUUUGGUUCCCAAAUCUAGAUUUUCGAUGCUCUUUGAAGAACUCAAGCAUAUCAAUGCAGAUAUUGCAGCAGAGAUAUUUUGCAACUUGGCCGAGAAGACAGGUGAUGCCACUGUGUUUACACAUGCAGCUCGAUUUCAUGCAAGAAAGAUUCCACCUGACUUUGCAGUUGCGACAGAAUUAAUUGCUAAAGCAUUUCGAUGCAAGAAUGCUACAGCAAAGAGCAGAAUAAUCUACGACGUGAAAGGAGGAAUCAUUUACGCUAAACUGAGAUAUAUGUCAGAGAAGCGCCAAAUCAAAACCUUGGCAAUGCUCGAGCAGCUCGCAGACGAAGCCCUUCGUUCUUUCAAAAGUGCAAGAGAUUGGCCACCUACCUACGCUAAUCCUAUUGUUGGAGAAGUGCAGGUUUGGAUCUCAUGUAUCGAUUGGAUCACAAUAAAUGAAUGCGAAGGGGAUACAGACAGAGCGUUUGACUUCAUCACCUCAAAAUCACCACCAUUCUUCCGCACGUGCAUUGGCGAUUCAUUCUACCUUUUGGAUGUUGUCGAUAGCAUAGUCCAGAAAGAGGCUACCUUGCCUGAGCCUGAACAGACCCAGGAUCGCGCAAACUCGUUAAGGCUGUCUUUAUUGAGCACCUUUAACAAAGGUAAAGUCCCAGGAAGACGAGAAAAAGAUCGCGACAUAAUCAGAGAGUGCAUAGCACUUUGUUCGGAAGACAAGUUUCCGAAGUGUUCCCAGUCGGAGCUAAAGCGUCUUCAAGUGCAUUACAUUUUAGCCAGCGUUGAUCAGAUUGGGGCCUUGAAGAAGACCGACAUCGAAUUUUUACUGAAAUUACUCGAAGACUUGGUAUUCACGGCAAAAAGUGGAAGUAGAGUCUGUAGUAUGGCUAUUCACUUAAUGAAAGUUUCCCUUCAUAUAACCGGUCCAAAGCAGUAUUCCUUGGAAAAAGGGUUACAAAUAGCAGAAAUGUGGAUCAAGGAAAGUAGCUACGACCCUAUGCCAUAUUUUUACAAGAUGAUGAUAUACUUCAUCAAAAUUUUGGAAGGAAAUCAGCUUCAAUUCAAGAGUGACUACAAUAAAGCUCUCGAGAAAUGCAAAGAAAAAUCCCAGACACAUUGCCGAGGGGCAAUUUCUACCCAUUUCCUAAAGAAGACGGGAGAAGGAAUGAAUCGAUUAACAACACGUAACGCACUACUCUCCGACGUGCCGGGGUAUCCUCAGAAUGUCAAAGGUUUCUGGACCACUGAAAGCCGAAAUAAACUGUUUGAAUGCAGCGGGAGGAUUAGGGUACGGCCGGGAAGAAGACGACAGCAGUAUUACAUUGAACUUGUCCAGGGCAAUGUUGAACUGUACUUAGGAAAAAGUGCUGACAUUGGCAAAGUUGAACGUGAUUUCUCCCAAGGAACCAUGGUGUAUUUUGUCGUUAGUUUCACUUUGCAAGGUCCCGUUGCCAACGGAAUUACCUUUGCUCCAAGAAAUACUCAGAACGGUAACCCAAUAAAGUGAAAGACAUUCCUAGAAAAAUCAAACAUUGUACAAGUCACAGUAACUGAGCAAGAUGAACUCAAUUCCAAAUUUUGUAAAUAAUUGUUCAGAAGUACGCCCUAAACCUCUGUAGUGAAGAUUUUUAUAGCACUUUAUUAAGUCCAAGUAGGUGGUUUAGGUGAAGUUUUAUAGCCUGGAAUGAAUUGCAUGUAUCAAUGAUGGAAAACCAUAACAGGUGUCCGUUUUUUUAACAAGUCUUUAUGACUCGACUAAUCAUAGCAUAGAAUAUUUGAAAGAAAGUGUAUUUUUAAAGCAUGUGUUGUCCAAUAAACAAGUAAAAUUGUACGCUUC